AACAGACCCACGAGGUACAGUCAGCUCAGCGGUCGUAGCAGCGCGUAUCGUUGUAGGGGAGAUAAAAACUUGAUAAUAACGAGAGUGAACUCCCCUGAACAAGAGAAAACAUGGCUCGUAAUAAGAACAUCGAAGUCUACCUCUAUGCUGAGUACAAACCAUUACUUUCGAUAUUGAAUGUUGUACUUGCUUUUCCAAGUGCAGACAAAAAUAGUCAAGAAAGUGAGGCAGCUGUUCCUUUUUUUAUUGAUGUAGAAGCCAAUUCUAUUACUUACCGCAUUGGCAAAUCAAAACUUAACUUCAUACUCAAGCAAAUAGAAAUGUAUCCAGCCAGUUGUCGAGGAAUGCGAUGGGAUCCAUCAUCGGAACUGCAUUUUACGUUACAAGCCAAAAGUGAAUUCCAUGCUGAAAAUGAUAUGAGUGGAAUUUUCAGUCACUUGAUGGAACUGGAAAAAAGCUCUGAAGGUGAUAUCAUCACAGUCAUUGAGCAGUGUCCAUCCUCUUGCUGCUGCUCAGGUUGUGGACAGCCUGUAUUUAGUCAGAACAGUGUCUUCAAAAGAGUUCUCCCACUGCCUUCUGAGAACUGGUCUGAUUUUGCUGACAAUUGGUUUUGCCAUAAGCACCCCCACAACACCAGUAGUGCACAAACAGAGUGUUUGGACAAGCAAUUGAAUCAUCUUCCGAAGAUGCUGGUCCCUAGGCCUGGAGACUGUCUUGUUGGCAAUCUUUAUCUUUUAGUUGAUGGUAGCCAACUUUGUCAAGAUACUGUCUCAUGUUCACCAGCUCAUAGGCUCUUGUGUCGAGGAUGUGGCAACUUUUUGGGGUUUGUUCUGAGCAAAGAGCACAAAGUCGACGGCACAGAUGAUAGUUCAUCCCAUGAUCAUCAUAUUAUUAUUGAUAAUAAUUUCAUGGAAGGAAGUGUUCACAAAAUUUAUCUUCAUGCAGUCACAUUUUCAAGAAAAAUAAAUGGUGGUUUUGAUGUGAAGAAGCAGUCAAAGAAUGUAGCAGUAAAAGAAAGUCUCAGUGGCUGCCACAGAAAAGUUGAAGAUUUUCUAUGCAAAUUUUUGCGACAUCAGAGCCAUCAGUUUACUAGUUUCCGUUUUCUAAUUCAGUCGUCUCACGAAGAACAGAGAGAUCAACUUCCCAUUCUGCUUAUGGUGUGGCUACUGGAUCAAAAUCUGGAAGUAUUUUCAUGCAGCCGAGUGGCAGGUCUGAAGACGAGCAGUGCAGAAGUUCAUCCUCUGAAAGUUAUGAAGAUACUUUAUAAAGGAUGCUUCCUGAAAAUUACUGAUCCAAAGCUCAAUGAGGAACCAAACAAGAUAUUCAGGGCAUGGGUGAGAGACAAUUCUGUACAUGGACUGGAUUUGCCUCAUCCACUGUGUGAGGAACUUUUGUCAACAUUGAUCAACUCCACAAAAAGUCUUCCACUAUCACAACGAAGCCUUAAUGGAUUUCAUGUUGGAUACUUGCAGUUUGAAUGAACUGAUUGCACUUUUAAAUAAAACUUGUGCAGCAUUUUAAAA